ACUUAAGUUUUAGUUAGAAUCCACACUUACAACUAACUUUUCUCAAACACUCAGGUACAAUUCGAUGUUGUAUAUAAUUUCAACUUAAAUUGUCAGAUUUAUUUUUAUCUUUGGUUUUUCAAAACUGGACUUCAUUCAUAAUAUACAAUAAACAGUAAAAGUCUUUUUACAUUCAUGUAAAAUCAAUACAUUCAGUAGUGUCAGUUGUUUUUAAAACCCUAACACCACUGCAAUUACAACUUAAAUUUUAAGGUGGUGUGGUGUUGACAGCCUUUUGUGUUAGCUCUGGUACAUUAUUCUAAAAUCUGGCUAUUUCUCACUUAUCAAAAUGAUCAUGUGAUUUUCCUGGAAUUAUUAGCCCUUUAUAGAGGUCAGCACAUUGGAUAAACAUUAGUUCUUUUCAGCAUAAAUUAAUACUUGAGUAGGUUGGUUUUGGGGAGUGAAACUUUGCAUAUGUGGUUGAAUUAAAAAUCAAAAAGGCAUUGAAGAGAGUAAAGAAAAUAGUUUUGAAAAUUGUUUUUAUGAUGCAGUUUUACAUAGAUUUAGAGAGACUGGAUCAUUUGAUUUUGUAGCAGAGGGGAUUUGAUAUAGAAGAGAUUAAAAAGAUUAGCUUUAUUUGUCACAUAUACAUCGAAACAUACAAUGAAAUGUUAGUUUCCACCAAUGACCAACACUGGCCAAGGACGUGCUGGGGGCACCCCACAGAUUACUAACCCACAACACUAACCUGUAUGGUUUUGGAAUGUGGGAGGAAACUGGAGCACCUGGAGGAAUCCCAGGAGGUCACAGGUAGAAUAUGCAAACUCCUUACUGACACCGGUGGGGAUUAAACAUGGAUCUCUGGCACCAUAAAGCAUCGUGCUAACUGCUACACUACCAUAAUGCUUUGGCAGAGUGGUUACUAGUAGGUUGUUUGCUCUGACUGGGUCAGAGGUCACAGGUUUAAAAUAAAGGGGAAGAAAAUCAAGAGUGAAAUUAAACUGAAACCUUUUUUUAAAUGGCAUGUUAUUAAAAUCUGCAUCCUGUUCUUCAAAAAGGAACUCAGCAUGAUGGAAGAAAAAAAUCACAAGACUAUGGGGAAAGAACCUGUGGAUGGAACUAGCAAUUGCUCUGGAAGAGACCCGGCAUGGUUGUAAUUGGCCAAAUGGAGUCCUGUACACUAACCAUCUUGUAAUUCUUUGAAACCAUUGUUGAUUCCAGAGCAUAGAACUUGAAAUUACUUUGCUAGAAUGGUCAUUAAUUGCCUCACAUCCAAAUUUUCUUCUCUUCUUAUCAUUCAGGCAUUGACUGAGCUGAUAGAUGAUUUUAACUUUUAUUUCAAAUUUCCAAAAUCUUUAUCAAUGAAAUAUUGGUCUGUAAAAAUACUUGGAGAGGGGCUGAAGUUGAUACUAAACUGAGCUCCUCCAUUGUUCCUCCCUUCUGCUUAGUAUUUUCUGGUUUUUGUUGCCUCCAUUCCAGUGAUUAUUGUCAGUUCUUGGGCGCGCAAUGAUUAUUUCAUUGCAGGCGGAAUGCUAUAUUUGGGUAAGACAUUAAACUGAAGCCCCCUCUUUAUCCCUUUCUCCCAUUGUCCACUCUCCUCUCCUGUCAGAUUCCUUCCCUACCCACCUGGCUUCAUCUAUCACCUUCUAAUUAUUCCCCUUCCCCUUCCCCCAACUUUUUAAUUCUGACAUCUUUCCCUCUCUUUUCCAAUCCUGAAGAAGGGUCUCGACACAAAACAUCAACUGUUUAUUCAUUUCUAUAGAUGCUGUCUGACCUGCUGAGUUCCUCCAACAUUUUCCGUGUGUUGCUUUGGACUUUCAGCAUCUUCAGAAUCUCUUGUGGGCUUAUGAAGUCCCAUUAGUCUUCUUCGUAGGAAGCAAAAUAUCUGCAUACUGCUGUUUGAAGAAGAGCUCUGGAGCUCCCCCCAUGAUCCAAACCAAUAUUUUUUCCAAAGUUAACAAAUCUAAAAAGCAGAUUUUCUGAUCAUCAUCUUUAUCAGUGUGAUUGGGAUCUUGCUGGGUACACUCUGCUUUAACAGGUUCAAUAUUAAAUUCAUUAUUUAAAGGCAUUGAGGUUGUUAAAAAUGCUAUCUGAAUGCAAAACCAAAUGAUUUUGAUGUUGGAUAUAUAAUUUAUUGAACCUCGUCAUGAAUUCCUCUGGUUAAUAUUUAAAAUGAUUAUGUAACUGAAUCAUUACUACUGGUUAAAAAUUAACGGAACAGAGGAAAAUUCUGGAUCUCCAUAUUAACAAAUAAGCUCUUAUAAAAUAGGUUCAGAAAAGCAUUUGCAGCUUUGAACAAUGGAUGAGAAAUCAUCAGUUACUCUAUGAUCUUGCAUCACAUUUCAUUGGGAUACAAAAAACUACAGAUGUGGGAAUCCACAGUAACAAAUAAUCUACUGGAAAAACUCAGCAGGUCGCAAAGGAAGAAAAGGAAUUGUCAAUGUUUUGGGUCGAAAGCUGGAAUCAGGACUAAUUUGCAGACAAUCAAAUCAAAAAGGCAAGAAAAAAAUAUGCAGGAAUACAGAUCACUACGUGCCAUGUGACACACCUAUGGGACAAGGCAAUGCACCAAGAUACAUCAAGCUCAGUGAAUACAAAAAGCUCAAUAAAAACUUCCAACCAAACAGACCAGCCAUUUGGCCCGUGAAACCUGCCACAAUGCAAGCCAAGCCUACAGCCAGAAUUCAACAGCUAGCCAAGCUAAAGCCAAGUUAUAAUGAUAUGAAGCGAGGGGAAUCUGAGGACAAGGCAAAGACCAUGAACAGCGUAAAUUUCAAAGGCAAAAAAUCGGGAAGUAAAAAGGAGCCUGUCAUUUAUGCCGACGUACCAAGAUUUGUUUAUCUCAGUGAACCCAAAAAACUGGCCGCUCAUUUUGUUGGAAACAGGCCAUCACCCGUGUGGCCCCUGAGAUCUGCAACACUCAAUGCUAGACCCUCUCCAAGAAUCAGUGAAUUAGCUAAAUCGAAACAGCUCCACAAGGAUUGGCAGGCAGAUCGGUCACCUUAUACUAUGGUCAGUCAGGAUAUCCUGUAUAUUGAAAAUUUACCUCGAACGGCUUUCCUAGCCCAGCACAAAAAGCAAGCUGAACCACCUAUGAAGAGUUCUCACCUCUGGGACUACCCCUACUGGGACAAUGAGAUAAGUGAAGCAACUAAAUCCUAUUCUCCAUCUGAGAGGAUUCAAAAAUUAGCAAAGCCCAAGGGAGACUAUGCAGGCUACAUUCUCAAUAGAUCAUUAGAGGAACCAAUAUCAGAAAGUACCUUGAACUAUUCAGCCUCUGAAAGAAUCCAAGAGCUUGCUAAACCAAAGAUCUACACUGCACUAGCCAAGAUUGAAAAUCCAUUCACAGUUUCCGAAGCAGCAAAAAAGGCAGUCGCUUCACCUAGACUGGAAAAGCUUGCCAUUGCGAUUCCUAGAAAAGUGACGCUCAAGAAAACUGGAUAAAUUCAUUCCAAGCUGAAAAACAUCCCAAUGUUUUAUUUGUCUUUGUACCAUUUUGCAGUAUUUACUGUUUUUUCUUUCCCCUCCUAGUGGAUUGAACUGAAGGUUUGGGAGACAUUUUUGAAGGAGCUUUGUUGAGAUAUUGUAGUGAAUAUUUACUGAAUGAACUGCAGCCAUAACAAGCUGGUGGUGGAGCAGAAGGAAGAGGUAGGAUUAAGCCAUUCAGCCCCUCAUACCAGCACUGCCAUUCAAUAAUGACACACACAAAGUGCAGGAGGAACUCAGCAGGUCAGGCAGCAUCUAAGGAAAUGAAUGAACAGUCGAUGUUUUGAGCCAGGACCUUCUUCACGGCUGAGUAGGAAGAGGGAAGGCACCAGAAUAAAAAAAGAGGAGAACUAGAAGGUGAUAGGUGAAGUCAGGUGGGUGGCAGAGAUAAAGGGCUGGAGAGGAGGAAAUAUGAGAGGAGAGGAAAGUGGACCAUAGGAGAAAGGGAAGGAGGAGGAGCGGUGGGAAAGUGAUAAGCAGGUGAAUAGAGCUGAGGGACCAGAGUGGGGAAUAGAAGAAGGAACGGGGAGGGAAAAAUUACCAGAAGGAGAAAUCAAAAUUUAUGCCAUCAGGUUGGAGGGUACCCAGAUGGAAUAUAAGCUCCUUCAUCCUACAGGUGGCCUCAUCUUGGCUCAAGAGGGAGCCAUGGAACAACACAUUGGAACGAUAGUGGGAAUUGGAAUUAAAAUGUUUGGCCAAUAGGAAUUUCCACUGUUUGGGGCCCUGAAUGGAUGUGAGAGAGGAGGUGAAUAGGCAGGUGUAACACUUUGACCACUUGCAGGGAUAGAUGCCAGGAGGGAGAUUAGUGGGGAGGCAUGAAUGGACAAGGGAAUCAUGGAGGGACUGAUCUCUGUAGAAAGUGGAGAGAUGGGAGGAGGUAAAAGGUAUAUUUGGUGAUAGGAUCCUCUUGGAGUGGUGGAAGUUACAGAGGCUGAUGGGGUAGUAGGUAGGGACAAGAGGAACUCCAUCAUCGUUAAGGCGGCGGGAAGAUGGGUUGAGUGUGGAUGUUUGGGAAAUGAGGAGAUGCAGGUGAGGGCAGCAUCUAUGGUGGAAGAAGGGAAACACUGUUUUUUGAAGAAAGAUGACAUUUCUGAAGUCCUAGAAAGGAAAGCCUCAACCUGGGAACACAUCUGGCAGAAACAAAGAAACUGAGAUAAGGGAAUAGCAUUUUUACAGGAGACAGGCUAGUUAGUUCAGGUGCCUUGCCAUUUGGUGUGGGUGAUCAUGUCUCUCCAUCCAUCAUGGUCUCUGACCCUCCGAAUUGUAGUUGUUGCCUCUCCUGUUUCUAACCAUGAUGUUAAUCCAUCAUUUUCACUCUCUGUCAGCCUCUGCUUCUUUUUCCUUCCAGCUUUCCAGUUGUAACUAAAUGUUCUAAUGUCUCUCUUCGCACGAUGUGUCCAAAGAAUUUUGAUUUCUGUUUUCUGAUUUUUUUAAGUAGUGUACAUUUUGUUUUCAUUCUCUGUAGAACUUCUUUGUUGGUUAUCCUGUCCACAUUUGAUAUGCAUAAUGUUCUUCGGAGGAACCACAUCUCUGCUGCGUUGAUUCUUUUUACCUUUGCAUUUGUGAUUGUCCAUGACUCUCAGCCACACAUCAAUAUAGGAAGAAUCUAGCAGCUGAGAGUUCUGAGGCGGAUGUCAAUUGCUAUUUUCUUGUUCUUUAGGCUGUUUCUCAUUUCUGUAAAUGCUGUUCUUGCCGUUGCUAUUCUUGAUUUUAUGUCUGUUCACAUUUGCCAUCAGAUGUUACCCAUGAUCCAAGGUACUUGAAGUUGUGAACUUGUUUCAGGAUUUCAUUUCCCAAUGCGAUCCUACAGUUUGGGAUAUCAGGUUUCUUUGAUAUUACCAUUACUUAAGUUUUCUUUUUAUUUAAGGUUAGGCCAAGUCUUUCGCUCUCUGUGUUGAUGGUAGGUACUAGUUUCUGUAAAGUUACGUCACUGUUUGCUAUCAGUACUGUAUCAUCCGCAUAGUGGAGGUUGUCGAUACUGUAUCCUCCUGUACUUAUUCCAGGUAGGUCUUGUAGGGUUCUCAUGAUGUUUUCACUGUACAGGGAAAGCAGGUCUGGUGAUAGAACACAAUCCUGUCUGAUUCCUCACUUUAUUGGCUGAUAUUCACCAAUCUCGUUGUCUAUCCAUAUGGCUAUCCACAUGUCUAUUCAUAUCAAAGACCUAAACGAUGAUAAAGACUGAGAGGACAACUUUGAUAUUGGUAACAACAACAAGGGCCCAGCAAUACUGAAAGAAGAAGUGGAAUGUGCUAUGAAGAAAGUGCGAGAGGGGAAAUCAUCAGGACCAGGUAACAUUCCAAUUGAACUGUAUGAAGCACUAGAAGAAUUUGGUGUAGAGAAAUUAACUAUCUUAUUGAGUAGAAUAUACAACAAUGGCAAAGUACCAGAAGAUCUUUUAAAGGCAGUAUUCAUUGCAUUGCCAAAGAAACCAGGUGGAACAGAGUGUGGACAACACAGCACAAUUGGUUUAAUGAGCCACCUCACAAAAAUUCUACUUGGAAUCAUCAUGCUGAGAAUAAGAAAAAAAAUUAACCGAAGAUCAAUGAAGAACAGUUCAGCUUUGCUGAAGGCAAGGGAACAUCAAGCACAACUUAUGUUCUCAGGAGUAUUAUCGAAAGGUCAAUAGAAGUACAAUAAGACCUAUACUUCUGUUUCAUUGACUACACAAAAGCCUUUGACACAGUGAAACACCAAGUCAUCAUGAAAAUGAUUAAAGAUAUUAAUAUCGACAGAAAAGAUCUAAGAAUAAUCAGGCAAACACCAGGAAAUCUGCAGAUGCUGGAAAUUCAAGCAACACACACAAAGUGCUGGUAGAAUGCAGCAGGCCAGGCAGCGUCUAUAGGGAGAAGUACAGUCAACGUUUCAGGCCAAGACCCUUCAGCAGGACUAACUGAAAGAAGAGAUAGUAAGAGAUUUGAAAGUGGGAGGGGGAGAUCCAAAAUGAUAGGAGAAGACCAGAGGGGGAGUGAUGAAGCAAAGAGCUGGAAAGGUGAUUGGCAAAAGGGAUACCGAGCUGGAGAAGGGAAAGGAUCAUGGGAUGGGAGGCCAAGGGAGAAAGAAAGGGAGAGGGGCGCACCAGAGGAAAAUGGAUGUAAUGAGAGCGCCUUGGACCUCCAGGUGGUCGACACAGCAGAGGUGAUUGAUAAGUUUGUGGCCUAAGGUGGAAGGAGAUGAGUUAUACAGCUCUCAUUAUAUGCACAUGCAGUUCAACUCUUUGAGUGAAAAUGCAGAAAGUUUGAAGUUAAUAACAUCUCCUUCUACUUUAGGACACAAACUUAUCAAUCACCCCUGCCGUGGACUGCUUCUGGUGGUCCAAGAUGCCGAUUUCUAUAAAGAAGGUGCUUGUAUGCUCCAUGACCGCUGGACUAAGUGUGUAAAUGUAGGGAAAAUAAAUGUGCUAGGUUUUCUAAAUUUGACUCCUUCUACCUUAGGCCAUGAACUUAUCAAUCAUCCCUCGUACUUUUGCACCUUAUAUCCUAUCUGUGCAAUCUUACCCAUUUAAUGAAGCUGUCUACAUCCCUUUGAAGCCUCUCUGUAUUCUCAUAGUCAAAUAAAUUCUGAUUUGUUAAAGAGUUUGGUCCCAACAUAUCAGUGCAGCUAUAAAGAAAGAAAGACAGCAGUUAUAUUUCAUUUGGAGUUUGAGGGGAUUUGGUUUGUAACCUAAAACACUCAAAAACUUCUACAGAUAUAUUAUGGGGAGCAUUUUGCAGGCUGUGUCACUGUCUGGUAUGGAGGGGCUACUGCACAGGACCGAAAGAAGCUGCAGAAAUUUGUAAACUUAGCCAGCUCCAUCUUGGGGACUAACCUCAAUAGUAACCAAGACAUCUUCAAGGAGUGGUGCCUCAGAAAGGCAGUGUCCAUUAUUAAGGACUCUCAGCACCCAGACAUGCUCUCUCCUCAUUAUUACCAUCAGGAAGGAGGUACAGAAGGCACAUGCUUUGUGAUUUAGGAACAGCUUCUUCCCCUCUACCAUCAGAUUCCUAAUGGACAUUGAAUCAAUGAACACUACCUCACUUACUUUAUAUUAUUUUUGUUUUUGCACUAUUUUUAAUAUAAUUAUUUGAUGUACAUAUAUAUACUUUCUGUAUUUGAUUUAUAGUUUUUUCUAUAUUAUCAGAUAUUGCAUUGUACCAUUGCCACUAAGUUAACAAAUUUCACAACAUACUGUACGCCAGUGAUAUUAAACCUGAGCUUUCUCUCCAAAGAAAUUUUCUGAGAGGCAGCAUAUGGAGAGUUUUAAAAUUAUAAAUUGUGUUAUAGGGUAACUGCUGGUAUUUUCAAAUUCCAUAAGACCAUAAGAUAAAGGAGCAGAAGUAGGCCUUUCAAUCGUGGGCUGAUCCAAUUCUUCCAGUCAUCCCCACUCCCUUGUCUUCUCCACAUACCCUUUGAUGCCCUGGCUAAUCAGGAACCUACUUAUCUCUGCGUUAAAUACACCCAAUGACUUGGUCUCCACAGUCACUCAUAUCAACAAAUUCCAAAGAUUUACCUUGCUCUGACUAAGGUAAUUUCUCUGCAUCUCUGUUCUAAAUGGGCAUCCUUCAAUCCUGAAGUUGUGCCAUCUUGUCCUAGAAUCCCCUACCAUGGGAAAUAACUUUGCCAUAACUAAUCUGUUCAGGCCUUUUAACAUUUGGAAUGUUUCUAUAAGAUCCCCCCUCAUUCUCCUGAACUCCAGGGAAUACAGCCCAAGAGCUGCCAGGUGGUGCUCAUAUGGUAACCCUUUCAUUCCUGGAAUCAUUCUCAUGAAUCUUCUCUGAACCCUCUCCAAUGUCAGUAUAUCCUUUCUAAAAUAAGGAGCCCAAAACUGCACACAAUACUCCAGGUGUGGUCUCACAAGUGCCCUACAGAACCUCAGCAUCACAUCCCUGUUUUUAUAUUCUGUACCUCUAGAAAUGAAUGUCUACAUUACAUUCACCGACUCAACCUGGAAGUUAACCUUUAGAGUAUCUUGCACAAGGACUCCCAAGUCCCUUUGCAUCCCUGCAUUUUGAAUUCUCUGCCCACCUGAAUAAUAGUCUGCCAUUUAUUUCUUCCACCAAAGUCCAUGACCAUAUACUUUCCAACAUUGUAUUUCAUUUGUCACUUCUUUGCCCAUUUUCCUAAACUAUCUAGGUCUCUCUGCAGGCUUUCUGUUUCCUCAACACUACCCGCUCCUCCACCUAAAUUUGUAUCAUCAGCAAAUUUAGCCACAAAUCCAUUAAUCCCAUAGUCCAAGUCAUUGACCUACAUUGAAGCAGCAAUCCCAACACUGACCCUGUGGAACUCCACUGGUCACUGGCAGUCAGCCAGAAUGGGAUCCCUUUAUUCCCACUCAGUUUUCUGCCGAUCAGUCAAUGCUCCAUCCAUGCUAGUAACUUCCCUUUAUUCCAUGGCCUCUUAUCUUGCUAAGCAGCCUCAUGUGUGGCACCUUGUCAAAGGCCUUCUGAAAAUCUAAAUACAUCACACCUACUGCAUCUCCUUUGUCUACUCUGCUUGUAAUUUCCUCAAAGAAUUACAGUAGGUUUGUCAGGCAGGAUUUUCUUUUCAGGAAACCAUGCUGGCUUUGGCCUAUCUUGACAUGUGCCUCCAGGUACACCUAAUCUCAUCCCUAACAAUCGAUUCCAACAACUUCCCAGCCACUGAUGUCAGGCUAACAGGUCUAUAGUUUUCUUUCUGCUGACUCCCACCCUUCUUAAAUAAUGGAGUAACCUUUGCAAUUUUCCAGUCUUCCUGUACAAUGCCAGAAUCUAUUGAUUCUUGAAAGAUCAUCAUUAAUGCUUCCACAAUCUCUCUAGCUUCUUCCUUCAGAACCCAAGGGUGCAUUCCAUCAGGUCCAGAAGAUUUGGCCUCCUUCAGACCGUUAAGCUUCCUGAGCACCUUCGCAAUCGUAAUUUUCACUGCACAAACUUCACUGCCCUGACACUUUUGAAUGUCCGGUAUACUGCAGAUAUCUUUCACUGUGAAGACUGAUGCAAAAUAUGCAUUCAGUUCCUCUACCAUCUCUGCAUCUCUCAUUACAAUUUCUCCAGUGUCAUUUUCUAUUGGUCCUAUAUCUACUCUCUUUUACCCUAUAUGUACAUCAAAAAGUUAUUAGUAUGUUCUCUGAUUUUAGUCACCUGCUUCCUUUCAUAAUUCAUCUUUUCCUUCCUAAUGACCUUCUUAGUUUCCUUCUGCAAGUUUUUAAAAGCUUCCCAAUUCUCUGUCUUCCCACUAGCUCUGGCUUCCUUGUAUGUCCUCUCUUUUGCUUUUACUUUGGUUCUGACUUCACUUGUCAACCACUGCCAUUGGAGUCCUUUUACCCUUGCCAUUUUUUAACUCAACCCAUAGAGACUCUACAGCUUCUGAUUCUAUGUCAUCCCUUUCUAAUGAUUUAAUAUUAUUUCUUAUACACAGGAGCACACCACCCUCUCUGCCUUCUAACCUAUCUUUCCCUGAAAAUUCCAAAGACCACCAUUCCUUAGAAUCUCCUUGGACUCCAAUAACAUAGUGCUAACACCCUGCAGCUUCCCAGCAUUAGUUCGAGUUCAUUGUCAUUCCCCAUACACAUGUAUACAGCUAAACAAAAUAACAUUCCUCUGAAACUAAAAUGCAAGAAACAAUACAUACAUACUGUAUAUAUAGCUAGGGUGCCUAAGACUUUUGCACACUACUGUAGAAGUUUUAUGUAUUGCACUGCCUCAAAAAAAAACAAAUUUCAUGACAUAUGUGAGUGAUGAUAAAGCUGGGUCUCUGUUGUGGACUGAGAGUGGGAAGGGGGCAGGGAGAUGAGGAUCAUGGUUGGGAAGGGGGAAAAGGGAGAUGGGAGGGAGUGAGAAGCACCAGAGAGUCAUUCUGUAAUGAUCAAUAAACCAGUUGUUUGGAAUCAAGUGACCUUUCCUGGUAUCUCAGGGCUGGGUGUGCUUGUAUCUGCGCCACCCAGCUCCCCAGUACUCCUUAUCUGCUGUCUCUCCCACACUCCUCCUGCAGUGGUCCACCCUUGCCAUUUCCAACAUCCCUUGCUCCUAACAGAUUUACAAAUUUUCUCUCCACUCCUCAUUGUCAAGUACAAUACUAUAUAUGACAUAUAUAGUAUAAAAUGAUGUUAAUACAAUAAUAUUCAUCAUCAUCAUCACUAUUAUGUGCUGAGUCAAAUGAUGUAGGUGACCAUAGUCUCAUGACCAUGAUUGUUCUUGGCAAAUCUUUCCACAGAAGAGCUUUGCUAUUGCUUUCUUCUGGGCGGUGUCUUUACAAGAUGGGUGACACCAGUCAUUAUCCGUGUUCUGCAAAGAUUGUCUGCCUGGUGUCAGUGGUUGCAUAACUAGGACUUGUGAUAUGUACCAGCUACUCCUAUGACUGUCCACCACACGCUUACACGGCUUUGUGUGAUCUGGAUCAGUGGGGGAGGGAGGCGUUAAGCUGCUGCUAAACCUUGCUCAAAGGUGACCCGCAGACUAGCAGAAGGAAGAAGAACCCUUCACCUCCUUUGGUAGAAACAUAUCUCCACCCUAACACCGAAACAAUAAUAUUAACAUUAAAAAAUUAUUCCGUAGCUGUACAAGUUGACAUAAAGUGCAUUUACGACAUAUAAUUAAAUAUAUAACAGUAUACUGCCACUGGCACUCUCAUAGAUAAUGUGGUUCAGAAGUUUCACAACCUGGAGGAAGAAGCUGUUACCCAGCCGAGCAGUCCUCGUUCUUAUAGUGCAGUAUCUUCUGCCUGACAUUAGGAGGGCAAAGAGAUUGUGGGAUUAGUGCUGGAGAACCUGUCUUCUUAAACAACAUCAAUAUAAUUUAAGUCCAAUAAUUCAUUCAGUGUGAAGAAGAAGAACAGCUAUGAGGUAGAUUCGCAAGUUUCAGUAUGACACAAGAGACCGCAGUUGCUGAGAUCUACAACUAAAACGAAAGCUAUUUUUUAAAAGUUUAAGAAAGUUUUCUUCAGAAAGUCGAGUUGAGACACUAGAAAACACCCAGAAACAUUUAAAUCAAAAAAUAAAUCAUCUGCUGGGGGACUCAGCAGGUCAGGCAGUAUACGUGGAGGCGGACGAAUUGUCGAAGCUUUGUGUCAAGAUUUGCUACAGGACUCUGCCUCGACCCAAUAAUGCCAUCCAUUCCUCUGCCUCUACAGGUGCUGCCUGAACUGUUGAGUUCCUCCAGUCACAAAUAAGAAAAUCUGCAGAUGCUGGAAAUCAAAGCAACACACACUAAUUGCUGGAGGAACUCAGCAGGCCAGGCAGCAUUUAUUGGAAUGAAUACAGUUGACAUUUCAGGCCAAAAACCCUCCAGUGGGAUUCCUUCAGUUUUUUUUUUGUUUAAACUGUUUUUUAGUGAUAAGUUUACUUUGAUUAGCUCCCAAAUGUUUUAACAGCAUAUAUUUUUUAAUUACUUCUGAGUGAUUUUUAAUAUUUGUGAAAUCAAACAUAUAUUCAAGCUGUUUGGUGAUUGUGGCAGCCAUUUCAACUUGAGAUCAAGGCUUUCCCUCAAAGUCAGCAAAACAAAAGAGCUAGUCAUUCACUUCAGGAAGGGGUGUGGUAUGCAUGCUCCUUUUUACAUCAAUGGUGCCAAAGUUGAGAGGGUUGAGAGCCUCAUAUUCCUUAGCGUGAACAUCACCAAUAGCCUGUCCUAAUUCAAUUACACUGAUGCAACUAGUUCCUCAGAAGACAGAAGAAUUUUAACAUGUCCGCUUUAACCCUCAACUAUUUUUAUAGGUACACCAUAUAAUGCAUCCUGAUUGGCUUAAAGAUAAAAAUUAGGUGUAUUUAUCCCAUGUAAUCAAAAUAUACGGUAAAGUGAGUCAUUUUGCAUCAAUGACCAACACAGUCCAAAAAUAGCGCGGGGGGCAACCUGCAGGUAUCGCAAUGCUUCCAUUGCCAACUUGGUAUGCACACCGUUCAUUAACCCUAACCCAUAGGUCAUUGUAAUGUGGGAGGAAACCAGAGCACCUGGAGGAAUCCAAUGCGGUCACAGGGAGAACAUGCAAACUCCUUACAGACAGCGGUGGGAAUCGAAUCCCGAUCGAUGGUCACUGGCACUGUGGAGUGAUUGCAUUAAUCACUAUACUACCAAGCGGCUUGGUAUCCUAGUUGGUAUGGCAUCUGCUCUGUUCGUUAUCACAACAAAGUGCCGAGAGUUGAAACAUGGUUCAGGGCAUCACAGAAACCAGCCUCCCCUCCAUGGAUUCUGCCUGCACUUCUCGCUGCCUCAGUAAAGCAGCCAGCAUAAUCAAAGACCCUACCUACCCAGACAUUCUCCCUUCUUCCCUCUCACAUUGGGUAAAUGAUACAAAUACUGAAAGGAUGUCCUGCCAGGCUCAAGGACAGCUUUCUAUCCUGCUGUUGUAAGACUAUUGAGUAGAUCACUAGCACAAUAAUAUGGACUCUUGACCUCACAAUAUACCAAGUGGUGACCUUGCGUUUUAUUGACUACCUGCACUGCACUUUCUCUCUAAUGUUAACACUUUAUUCUGUACUCUGAUAUAUUGUUUUACCUUGUACUUCCUCAAUGCACUGUUGUAAUGAAUUGAUCUGUAUGAACAGUAUGCAAGACAAUAUUUUCACAGUGGCUUGGUACAUGUGACAAUAAUAAAUCAUUUUACAAAUUUACUUGGUUGCCUACGGAAUCUACAAAUGGAAGCUCUUCCACUUCACUGUUUC